GCUCUGGAGCGGCGGGUGCCGAGUCUCGAUGACUUCGCGGGACAGAGUUGGAGCUCGUGGGUGGAGCGGGCCGACCUGCCUGCGGCUGAUGGUGAGUACAGCCACCUUAGAGUCCGGGGACCCCAUCACCAUCUCCCCUCCCCCCCUCCGGGCCCCCGCCAGCAGAGGGGAGCCGCCGACUGGAGCCGCCGUCCGGCUCCCCGGCCCCCCAAACAAAGGACCCGCCGGGUCCUAGUGCCCGCCCGCUCUGUUACCUUCGCGCCUCCGGGUCCUAGCGCCGGCUCACCGCUCUCAACCCACCCUGCCCACCUCUGUCUCUGCCGGUGCCACCACCUGCCUCCACAUUUACUUGCCUUUAUCUUUCUUCUUGUCUGCUGGCCUCCAGCUCCCGCCCCUCGUGCACCUGCUCCAGCUGUCUCCAUCCGCAACAGUCCUCUCCACGUGUUUCCCACGCACCCCACUUCUGUGCCCCCCUCCCCAAGCUCUUGUUCUUUUGCCUUUUGCCCCACAUUUCCUGCUCCUUUUUGGCGUUUGCCUGACGGCUGCGGUGCUUCUGGACCCCCGCCCCCUCCGCAUAGUUCCUCCAUCCAUCCUUCUAUCUAUCCUCCCUCACACCCUCCCUCUUUCAGUCCAUCCAUCCAUGCCUUCAGUCCUCUGUCCUUUCCUGGAUGUCUUGCCCUACCUCUUGACUCUUUCCUACGUUCUGUAGGCUCUUGAGUGCCUUUGGUGAGUGGGCCUACAACCCCUUCUUCUGAUCUUUGUCUCCUGGGCCCCAGGGAGCACCUGGCCUCGUGGCCUUUGGAGGUGACAGCAGGCAUCACACCCCUGAAGAAGUUUGCAAGGGCUGAGCUGGAGGAAAGUAGCAAAAACAUGAAGAAAUUGGAUGCUAUGACCCUCAUUAAAGAAGACAUGUCUAUCUUCGGGCAUUGCCCUGCCCAUGAUGACUUCUAUUUGGUUGUGUGUAACCAUUGCAGCCAGGUGGUGAAGCCUCAAGCUUUCCAGAAGCACUGCGAAAGAAGACAUGGGCCCCUCAGCAAGCUUUAUACCCGGGCCCCACCCCCACCUCCAGCCCCUGCCAGCUCUCAGAAAUGCCAUGUAGUGAAUGGGCAGGGCCCAGCUUGUAGGGCCCCAGGUUCCACCAAAACCUCCUCCAGGGAGAAGGGCCAGGGGUCCCGGAGCCGCGGCCAUCAGCCUCCUGAGAAGACCCAGAAGGACAACCUCUGCCUUUUCGUGCCUGUGGUGAAUCUGGAGAAGAUGUCCAGUCUCCCGAAGCCUGAUGGACAUGGAAUCAGGGUGGCCCCACCCUCUGCUUUCCUCAGCCAGCCAGGCAGCCUCCCUAAGGACUCCCCUGGAAAAGCCCCUAUGGCUCUCCCUUCUAAAGAACCUCCUGGCAGAGAGAGCAUCGAGAUAAUCCCUGGUGAGGGUUCCAGUCACCGGGCCGAAGGCAGCCCCCCAGAGAAGGAGCCUGGUGGGGCCAGGCUGCCCCCCAAAACUCACCGCAAGAUGGCUCGGAAGGAGUGCGACCUCAAUAGGCAGUGUGGGGUCAUAAAUCCAGAGACCAAAAAGAUCUGUACCCGCCUGUUGACCUGCAAGAUCCACUCGGUACACCAGCGCCGGGAGGUCCAGGGCCGGGCCAAGGACUUUGAUGUGCUAGUGGCAGAGCUGAAGGCCAACUCCCGCAAAGGAGAGUCUCCUAAGGAGAAGAGCCCAGGGCGCAAGGAGCCAGUGCUUGAGCGCCCCUCCCAGGAAUCUUCGUCCUCAGUCCAGGCUGUGGCAGCUGUGGCUGCUGCCAGCAGCACCUUCUCUGCUCGCACCAAGCAGACCUACCCAUACUGUGCACUGCCCAGGUCCCGGGCCUCCUCUGAAAGUGAGUUGGAUGAUGAAGGCCCCUGUGGUGGUGAUGGGGACCCAGGCCUGUUCCCCUUCCCCCUGCCCCGGGGUGGGGCCCAGGCCUCCAGCGAGGAGAGUGAGGAGGAGGGGACAUCUGAGGACCUCCACCUCUCCCCUGACUGCCAUUAUGCAACCCGGCCCCCGCGGCCACAGGCGUUCUGUACCUUUGGGAGCCGGCUGGUGAGCCCAGGAUGCUAUGUGUUUAGCCGCCGGCUGGACCGGUUCUGCUCAGCACUCAGCUCCAUGCUGGAACGGCACCUCAGCUCACACAUGUGGAAGAAGAUCCCACCGGCGGUUGAACCUCCAUCCCACCUUGUCACCUCCCCCUUAUCUGCUCCCCUGAGCCCAUCUUCCAUGGGCAGCUGCCCCCGACUUCCAGGCCCACCCCCCAGACCCGCCUGCCCAGUCUCCACACCCCCCACCAAGGACAGCCUUGUCCCCAGCUACACUGCAGGCUCCCCCAGUGUGGCAGCCGCUUGCAGCCAGGCGGAGUGCAUGGGCGGCAGCCAGGCCAUCACCUCACCACUGCCUGCCAACACGCCAUCCCCGUCCUUCAGCAAGCUGCCGCCUUCCAAGGCUAGCAAGUCAUCCAAAGGCAAGGAUGGGGCAGAGGUGGAGGCCCCUUCGCGAAAGCGGAAGUUGUCCCCUGGUCCCACCACUUUCAAACGGACAUGUAUCCUGGAGCCCACUGGAAAAGGCAAACCCUCUGGCUGCCGGGGCCUCUCAGCCAAGACUAAAACAACCCUGGGCAUGGGACUUAAUGGGACUGUGGGGCCAAGAGUGAAGCGUGCAGGACCCCUGGACUGUCGGGGUUCCCCUCAUCCACUCCCCACACCAGUCAAGGCUUCUCAGCUGGAGAACCGGGGAGCAGCUGGACACCCAGCCAAGGCCCUGCCAAACAACUGCCUCUCUGAGGAAGAGGUAGCCAAGAAGCGGAAAAACCUGGCCACUUACUGCCGGCCAGUGAAGGCCAAGCACUGUCAGGCUGGUGCCCCUUCUGAAGGGACCUGCUCUGUGCGCCGCAAGAAGCCGGGCCCGGCCCUGGCCUUUGAGGAGAAGUGCUCUACACUGAAGGUACCAGCCCACCUUCCUGGAGAGUGUGGCAGAGAGGGGUCAGAAAGGCUGAGGUGGGGAACACAGUGGGUACCUGACAUGGAGAAAGUGCCAGGUAGAUGGCUAUGCAGGGAAGGGAAGAAAGGGAAAGAGUUCCUAAGCCAUCUACUUUAGACAGAGGUAGGUUAGCCCUUUGCAGGCAACCCUCACUUUUGCCAAAUGGUUCCCCUAUCAAUAGUCUUCUCCCUUAUUCUCAAGACAUGCUGAGCACCCCUGACCUAGGUUUUGCUGUAACCAAAGGGCUACUUCUUUCUGAAUUGGCUGUGGCUCCCAUUCCAGAGCCUGGUAGUACUUCUGUUCCCUGAAGGAAAGGGAGUUUGGGUCCCCGAGCUGUGGCUCAACAUGCUGAGCAGCCAGGUGGGAGGGCUGGUGUCUUGUUCUUUGCUUCUUCCUUUAGGCAUUGUGGCAUUGAAGGGCAAGUUCAUAACUCAAGGUCCACAUAAGCAUGAGUGCCCACCUUGUACAUGUGCCCACCCCCAGGUUCUAUAAUGAUAGGCAGGUUCUCCAGGGUUUCUAGUAAAGCUGCAGCUAGGUUUCUUUGUCUUUUCUGA